AUGCGGUCAGGGGAUAAUGAGGCAGAUCCUGAAAAGAGCUCCUUGGACUGGUUGAACCUGAAUGCCUUCGGGUCCAAAGCCAUCCAGGGUGCCAUUGACCGCGUACGCGCCAGCACCCUUGGAGGUGCCGCAGAACCAGAGGUGGCAUAUCACGUGCUGCUCCCGGGAGUGAUCGGAGACCAGAGCUUGAUGAGCUUGAAGAACCUCAGGUCAGCUGAACCAAGCAAUGUGAGCGAAGACGCUUUGAAGAUUAUAGCUGAGGAGGAGGACUGCUCAGGGCUGGAGGGACAGAGAAUUCAGACCGCACUGCAUGAUUCCAAGGAGUCCGAGAAGAAGGCCAUAGAGGCUGUACAGCGGAAAGGAUCUGAUGAUUCACAAGAUUCUACUAGGCACGUAAAGCCACAAAAGGAUUCGGAAAAGACGACACGAUUGCCGAUGCCUACGCCUUUGAUGGCUGCCACCGCAUCUGCCAAGAGGGCAGAACCACCACCUAUGGUGGUGAAAACAGAGAAGAUUUCACAGGACACGGUUCUUGCGAGUCGUGUUUCCUGA